AUGGCAGCGGAAUCAUCGGAAGGCGAAGAAGAAGGAAAGUUAAGCGGCGGCAACCAGAUAUUGGCCGUCGACGACGACCUCCGCGAAUUGGGGAAAAAGGCCGCCUGGAGCGUCAGUUCCUGCAAACCCGGCAACGGCGUCUCUUCUCUCCGAGAUGAUAAUCUCGAAACCUAUUGGCAAUCUGACGGAGCUCAACCUCAUUUUGUUAACAUUCAGUUCCAAAAGAAAGUUCGAUUACAAUUAGUUGUGCUAUAUGUGGAUUUCAAGCUUGAUGAGAGUUACACUCCCAGUAAGAUUUCCAUUCGCGCCGGAGACGGCUUUCACAACCUCAAGGAGAUAAAAGCUGUGGAACUUGUGAAACCAACUGGUUGGCUUUAUCUUUCAUUAUCUGGACUUGAUCCUCGUGAAACUUUUGUCAACACAUUUAUGUUACAAAUUGCUGUGUUGUCAAACCAUCUCAAUGGAAGGGAUACUCAUGUGCGGCAGAUCAAAGUUUAUGGGCCUAGACCGAACCCCAUUCCACAGCAGCCAUUUCAAUUUACUUCAAGAGAGUUCAUCACCUAUUCUACUAUAAGAUGA